CGCCGCAACCAUCAUCCUCCGCGGCUGCCGGACUACCAAACCGUGGUUGCGUACUCCAUCGGUUUCAACACCGGAGUUCACGUUUCUUUCUCUAUUUGCUGAUUGAAUCUACUUGAAGUAAUAAUGGCAACAAUUCGGAGAAGGAAGCAACCGGAGGAUGAAGUAGAGCAGCGUCCGGAUCCGAAGCUAGACGAAGACGAUGAUAAGGAAGAAAAAGCAUCCAAGAGGUCAGAGAAGAAGAAUAAGAGCAAAAAUUAUUCGUGUAUUGAUAACUGUUGCUGGUUUGUGGGAUGCGUAUGCUCGGCGUGGUGGCUAUUGUUGUUUCUAUACAAUGCGAUGCCGUCGUCUUUCCCUCAAUAUGUGACGGAGGCGAUCACUGGACCGUUGCCGGAUCCUCCCGGAGUUAAAUGUUUGAAGGAAGGUUUGAAGGUGAAACAUCCGGUGGUGUUUGUGCCGGGGAUUGUGACCGGCGGACUUGAGCUGUGGGAGGGGCAUCAGUGUAUGCAUGGAUUGUUCCGGAAGAGGCUUUGGGGAGGCACUUUUGGCGAAGUCUAUAAGAGGCCUUCAUGCUGGGUACAACAUAUGUCGCUAGACAACAAAACUGGGAUGGAUCCUCCGGGUAUAAGGGUUAGACCUGUCAGUGGACUUGUAGCUGCUGACUAUUUCGCUCCAGGAUAUUUCGUAUGGGCCGUUUUGAUUGCUAACUUGGCUCGUGUUGGGUAUGAAGAAAAAAAUAUGUAUAUGGCUUCAUAUGACUGGAGACUCUCAUUUCAAAACACAGAGGUAAGAGACCAGACAUUGAGCCGGAUAAAGAGCAAUAUAGAACUGAUGGUUGCUACAAAUGGUGGGAAAAAGGCGGUUGUCAUUCCACAUUCAAUGGGUGUUAUCUACUUUUUGCAUUUCAUGAAAUGGGUGGAAGCACCAGCUCCAAUGGGCGGUGGAGGUGGAUCAGAUUGGUGCGCUAAACACAUAAAGGCAGUGAUUAAUAUUGGUGGACCAUUUUUAGGUGUCCCAAAAGCCAUAGCUGGGCUUUUCUCAGCCGAAGCCAAGGAUAUUGCAUCUGCCAGGGCCCUUGCACCAGGUGUCUUGGACUCGGAUUUAUUUCAAAUCCAAACGUUGCAACACCUAAUGAGAAUGAGUCGCACCUGGGAUUCAACAAUGUCCAUGAUACCAAAAGGUGGGGACACUAUUUGGGGUGGCAUUGACUGGUCCCCUGAGGAAGGAUAUUCUCCGAGUAAGAGAAAGCAGGGGAAAAACGACACUAAACUGUCCAUCCAAAAUGAGUCAGCAAGUAAAGUGUGUGAAUCAACACAGGCAAAUUACGGAAGGAUGGUAUCAUUUGGAAGAGAAGUAGCAGAGGCACCUUCAUCAGAUAUCGAGAGGAUAGAGUUCAGGGGUGCUGUGAAAGGUAACAAUGUUGCAAAUAAUACUUGUCGUGAUGUGUGGACCGAAUACCAUGAUAUGGGAUUUGGUGGUAUCAAGGCUGUUUCCGAGUACAAGGUCUUUACAGCUGGAGAAAUUGUGGAUAUGCUCGAGUUUGUUGCCCCAAAAAUGAUGGAAAGGGGCAGUGCUCAUUUUUCUUAUGGGAUUGCGGAGAAUUUGGAUGACCCAAAAUAUGCACAUUACAAAUACUGGUCCAACCCGUUGGAGACAAAGUUACCAAAUGCUCCCGAUAUGGAGAUUUAUUCGAUGUAUGGAGUCGGCAUCCCGACUGAGCGAGCAUACAUUUAUAAGCUCACUCCUGCAGCAGAAUGCUACAUUCCUUUCCAGAUUGACACAUCAGCAAAGGAUCAAAACGAGGAUGGCUGUUUAAAGGACGGAGUUUAUACCGUGGAUGGUGACGAGACCGUCCCAGCGCUAAGUGCAGGUUUCAUGUGUGCAAAAGGGUGGCGUGGCAAAACCCGAUUCAAUCCUUCGGGUAUCAAGACUUACGUUCGGGAGUAUGAUCACAACCCUCCAUCUAACUUUCUCGAGGGCCGUGGCACGCAGAGUGGGGCCCACGUCGAUAUAAUGGGUAACUUCCAAUUGAUCGAAGAUGUCAUACGGGUUGCAGCCGGGGCCACGGGCGAAGAGCUGGGAGGUGAUCAGGUCUAUACAGGCAUAUUCGAGUGGUCCGAAAAAAUCGACUUGAAGUUAUGAAACUGAAACUUAAAUUAAAACAGUAUACAAAAACAAGAUUGUGAAAGAUGUAACUUUAAAUUAAAUGUGAUGUAUAUUUGUUUUGUAAGAUGUUGAUUCCUGAAAUACUCAAUGUAGAAUUUGUUU